AUGUCAGGACGACUCGACUCAGAUCCUGACUUCGAAUUCUUCGAUUCCAACCUGGCCGGUGCUGCUAGCCCAGGUACCUUCUUGAACGCUGAAGACUUCGCGACUGACAACUCCUCCUUUUUGGCCAGUUUUGGAACGCCAAACCCUACAAAUUACAAGAGCCCUCUUCCAGACCAAGGAUCUAUUCUGGACUCAAGGUUGCAGCCAACACUUUCUGCGCCCUCGACUGCUUCUCCAGCUGGUUCAUACCGAGACUCCUCUUCAGAAUCAUCGGGAUAUAAGCGUAAAUCGAGCUCUGACUCUUCGAGGUCGGCGCUGACUUCAGGCGACAUAAUGAUGGCAGAUGACACAGACAUGAAUGAUUGGAAAGUGGAAGAUAUGAUGUCUGGAGACGCGACAGGCUUUGGCGGAUUUGAUGGGACUGGAACAAUCAAUCCUUCGACAAUGAACACCAACUUUGAGUUCAGUGAUAAGUCGAUGGAAAAUGAUUUCGAUUUUGACAGUGCGGCGAGUAGUCCGAGUCCAUUUGGUGGCAUAAGGCCAGUGGAGAUGGAAUCGCCAGAAAUGCCUACAAUCAAAUACGACACGCCACGGAAGCAUUCACCUUUACUUAAGACGAAAACGAAAAAUCAUAACAAGGCAAAUUCGCAAUAUUCUGUUACACAGUCCAUGAAUGGACUUACAACUUCCGGUUCACGGGAAGCCUCACCUCUUUCUGCUAUGGUUACCAGCCAAGAAUCAUCGCCUACCGCCUUCUUUAACAACUCGCCUUCUCCUGGCACAGCAAUCGAGUUCGUCAACGGCACUAUGCUGGGUGGAGUUCCUCAGAACCACAAUUGGGCGGCAAGUCUUGGGGGCUUUCAAAGCCAUGGAUUGCCUCCUAUGCAACAGAACAUCAACCCGCAAGCAAUGCCGAGAAUGGCUCCUCCACAAGUGUUCCCACCCAUGGGUAACCACUACAAGCCUAUUCUUACCAUUCACCCCACACCUCUGAAGUCUCGAGUAGAGACUCAAAUCCCGAUCAAGAUGACUCUUUUUCCAUUGCCACAAGGGAUCAGCAAACUCCAUCUUCCAACGUAUACGAUCUCGAAACCCAAAUUGCUCUGCAAGCCUACUCCCCAAAGAUCGCCAGAUACUUUGGAGCUAUAUACCGCUUUGGUUUGCACUAGUGCUAUGCAGAACCCCGAGAACAUGCGGCGUGCCUUUGAGAGAGCUGCUUCUGGAGCUGUGCUUAAGGAAGAAUCGUCUGAAGACAGUUCAUCAGAGGAAGAUGACGAAAAUAAGCCGCUGAACGGAGGGGACGUCAAGAUCUGCGCAGGUUGCAUAACGCGGGAACGCAAGCGAGCAGCACGAAAGAAAGUCAAGAAGGUGGAAGAAGAAGAGUCCUGGCACAAGGAUGAGGCUAAGCGUGUUGUUGUCUUCAAUACACAUGAGAUCAAAGACUGGGCAGCGCCAACGAGUCAAACACCAUCAGAAUCUACCGGAGACCGAGCAGAACCAUUCGUCCCAGAAGGAGCGAUGCAGGUCGACGCACCGAUGCGAAUUGCAUGCUAUUGCAGACAUCAGAAUGAGAAGCUCGGAUUCCAGGUUAUCUUCACUAUCAAGGAUCACCAAGACCGCCUCAUUGCACAGGAAAUGAGCUCAUCGAUCAUGAUCACUGAUGACCAUAAGACACAUACCAUGCCAACAUUAACUACACAGACCUCAACCAAUUCGGAUGGGCUCAUAUAUGCUGGCUCUGGCUCUUUUCCAAUUGACGGCACCUUUGACAUGGGAAACUCAAACACCAUGACGCCUUUCCGGCAAUCUCAUUCCAGCUCUGACUUGCAAGCUAUGCAACGAAACUUCAAUAUGCAGUUCUCGGCCCCGCCUAGUGUCAACGCAUCUCAGACGACUUCUGCUACCAUGACCCCUCGGAAUCUAUCUCGUCAGACAUCACCCACUGCUCAAUCUGGACCAUCGUCGAAGAAACGCAAGGCUAGUGGUUCGAGUAAGGUCCCCAGUGGCUUGGCUAUGACAAGGUUGGAAACUGCAGAAGGAUCAAUGCCACAAGCUCCAUCGAAUCCUAUGAGCGCUUCCACCUCCGCUGCUGCUUCGCCCUUCACUCCUAACCUCACCGCUUUCCCCCUGCCUACUGAUCAGCAGUUUGCACCUCCAACUACUAUUCCGGCAAUCCCUCAGCAAUAUAAUACUGGUCCACCUACACCCAAUAGCAAUGAUCAAAGCUUCUUCAAUCAAGGCAAUAGAUCACAGUCUAUGGAGAAUUUGGCUCUUCAGCAGAUGUUUUCAGCGCCAGCCUCAGCUCAUCCUAGUAGAGUGCCGAGCCCCAAUGGUUUGCGAAACACGGUCCAGGCUUAUCAACAGCAGCAGCAAGCUCAAAUCGCUCAAGCUGUGGCAAAUGGACUUUAUGGAGUGCCUCUAAGCCUCAACCCUCAUAGACCACCCACGAUCCACAAACUGAUCCCCAACGAAGGCCCUAAGGCUGGUGGUAUCGAGGUCACUUGUUUGGGCAGUGGUUUCUGUCAAGGACUGGAGGUUAUGUUUGGUGACUCGAAGGCUACGACGACGACAUAUUGGGGUGAAACAUCCCUGGUUUGUCUCCUUCCACCUUCGGUGUUCGCUGGCACUGUUCCAGUAACUUUCAAACAUCAACACCAGCAGCAACAGAUGCAACCCUACGCAAAUCCACCCUUCCCUAAGCAACAAGCGUUCUUCAAGUACAUUGAUGACGAUGAGCAACAAAUCAUUCGCACUGCUCUUUCUGUACUAGGCCAUAAAAUGACUGGUAAGAUGGAGGACGUUCGUGAUCUGGCAAGGAGAAUUGUUGGAGACGGGCCUUCAUCCUGGGGUGCACCAGCAGGCCCAUCGCCUACUGGUGGCAGUGGAUCGCAGGGAACUAACUUCAAUGCAGCUACCUUUGGCGUUGAUGUUGAAGCUACUUUGCUAAGAUGUUUGGACCUUAUUGAUCUCGAUGACAGCCCAAAUAUGCCCCGCCUCAAUCUCCGACGAUCUUCUGGUCAAACCAUGCUCCAUCUCGCCUGCUCUUUGGGCUUGCACCGAUUUGUUGCAGCAUUACUUGCCAGAGGAGCCAAUCCUGAACCUCGAGACAAGGGCGGCUUUACUCCGAUGCACUUUGCUGCUCUGCACAAUCAUCCUCAAAUCGUCCGGAGACUGAUGUUGAGCGGUGCUGAUCCUACUGUUCGAAGUCUUCAAGGUUACACUCCGUCCGACAUGGCCACUUCUGAAGAAGUCCUCCGUGCUGCCAGACGGAUUGAGCAUCAUUCGAGAACACGUAGUGGUGGCUCACUGAGAAGUAGAACCAGUAGUGCGACCUCCUUGAGAUCUGUCUGGGAACCAACCACACCUUUACCCAUUGACAAUCAUGCUCUCAGCGACGACAGCGAUGAUGAUAACGAAUAUGAGGAUGAGGAUGCAGAUGCUGCGAAUGAUGGAGCGUUCUGGAUGAGAUCGAAGUCAAGACGCCCAAGUGCUCAGCAAUUACCCCUCGAAGAGAUUCCGGAUGAGAAAGAUCCUGUGCUUGAACUUCCGGCUGGAGGCCUUGCUUCACCAACGGCCACAAUGAUGGCAUUCCGCGAUCAACUUACUACACAAAUUGCACAUCUCCAACAAUCUAUGCAUUCGAUGCACCUGAACCUCCCGAAUUUACCACAAAUGCCAAGAUUUGAUAUGAUGCCUGCUCUCCCAGACUACCAAGCCUACCUACCAACUGCUCCCAUGGUCCGUCGCAUCAGUAACCUAGUAGGCAACAACCGUCCUGAGAGCGCCAAAGACCAGGACUAUAAGUGGUGGGACCUUUUCUCUAGCACUGUUCCCUCGGCCCCUCCAGCGUACGAAGAUAUCUUCCCGCAAGGCGACGCAGAUGUCAAGCGCUCAUCAGCUGAGCAAGCCGCCGCUGACACGAUAGCGGACAACAAAUGCGCCGAAAUGUUCGAUCAAGUUGAGACCGAAAGUGAACAAGCUGAGAGUUCGACUAUGGCCCAAAAACGACCUCUCAAGCUAGGCACGGUACGAAUCGGCCAGAAGCACACCAUCACCAGGGAGCAGCAGGACCAAUUGAGACUUGCUCAUGCGGAGAAAGUGAAGAGGUUGAGCAGGGAUCGAAAUCUUUUCUUCAUUUGGAUUCCUUUGCUUGUUAUUAUCAUCCUCGCGAUGCUGUACAAUCGCGUUCCAAUGUGGAAGUCAGGAGCUUCGAAUUUCUUCAGCUCGAUGAGGUACAAUGCUCAAGACCGCAUUGUUGAAGUUGUGUAA